CCGGAAACAGUAUGGUUGUUUUGGUGUCUGCUAAUGUUGUAGUCAUUUGAUAAAAGGCAGAGGAAAACUUUUACCGUGGUAGUUUUGGCUGUGGGAUCAACACCACGUAUUAGCAUUAUCUUUACUAUGUUUUUUCCGAGUUGAUAGAAUGAACAGUGCCAACAGAGAAAAGCAGAUAUUUUGUUUGUAGACAUUUUAUAGGUAGCUAACGGUUAGCUAGCCUGUUCUGGCUAACUGAGAGAUUGUCACUCUGUCAACAAGUUUCGUUCGACAUGGACUCCGCGGCGCUGGAACUUGAUGCUGUCACUUUUGCCAAAACAGCUGUAACAUAUGACCAGAAUGGCAAAUAUAACGAGGCUGUAUUUUAUUAUAAGGAGGCAGCUCAGGCCCUCAUUUAUGCUGGCAUGGCAGGGUCCAAACUGGACGGGAUCCAGGAGAAAGUGAAUGAGUACUUGGAUCGGGUUCAAGCCCUCCACAAUGCAGUUCAAGCACAGAAAAGUGACCCACUGAAGUCCCGGCACCAGGUGGACCUGGAACGUGCCCACUUCCUGGUUACCCAAGCCUUUGAGGAAGAUGAAAAGGGAAAUGAUGAUGAAGCUAUUGAACUGUACACUCAGGCUGUGGAGCUGUGCAUUAAAACGUCCAAUGAAACAUCUGAGCAAGUGCUGCAGAACAAACUGAAACAGCUGGCACGUCAAGCUUUAGACAGAGCCGAAGGUCUUAAAGAAUCCCAGUCCAAAUCGGCUUCAGCUCAGGACAGGACAGGGGCUCCUGGAACCAAGCCCAGCACUGGUGCCAGUUCAGGAGGACCUGUCCGCCAGUUCCUCCCUCUUGGGCCAGACUUCAGCCUCAAUGACCGACAGCAAUCCCAACCUGUCCGGGCUGUGCAGUCCAGUGAGCCCCAAGGUCAGCGCUACACAUCUGAGGAGAUCGAGGUACUCAGGAGUACAUCUACAAUCAAUGGCAUAGCCUACGUGCCCUUCAUGAGCGUGGACCUUAAAGAGCGAUUUGCCUUUCCUGUACCUUUCUCGGACAAAUCAGGGAAACUGGCUUUGUCACCCAAACAGAAAGCCAUCUUCUCCCGCUGGGUUCGGCCAGAUGAGAUCUGCAAUAACCCCACCAUGAUCAUGUCUGUGUCCAGCUUCAGCAUCAAACAGACGGUGGUAUCUGACUGUUCGUUUGUGGCCUCUUUGUUUCACAGGGGUGACGUUCUCAUCACCACAGCAACGGGUGUAAUGACAGAGGAGGAAGGGGAAAGAUGGGGUUUAGUGCCAACACACGCCUACGCUGUUCUUGACAUCAGGGAAUACAAGAAAAUGCGAUUCCUGCAGCUAAAGAAUCCGUGGAGUCAUCUGCGGUGGAAGGGGCGCUACAGUGAGCGCGAUGAGAAGAACUGGACACCUGAGCUCCUGAAAUACCUCAACUUUGACCCCAAGACAGCUCAGAAGUUUGAUAACGGUGUGUUCUGGAUCGCAUGGGAGGACCUUUGUCAAUACUAUGAUGUCAUCUACCUGAGCUGGAAUCCGGCACUCUUUAAAAACUCCUCCUGUAUUCACAGUACCUGGGAUGGAAAGCAGGGUCCAGUGAAGGAUGUGUACAGUCUUGCCAACAAUCCCCAAUACAGGCUGGAGGUUCAGUGUCCAGCUGGUGGUGCUGCUGUGUGGGUGCUUCUCACCAGACACAUCACUGAUAAGGAUGAUUUUGCACAAAACAGAGAGUUCAUCACGCUGGUCGUUUACAAGACUGAUGGCAAGAAGGUUUACUAUCCAGCGGAUCCCCCUCCUUUCAUAGAUGGCAUCCGUAUCAACAGUCCUCACUAUCUGACCAAGAUGAAACUGACCAGUGCAGGAACACACACCUUUACCCUGGUGGUUUCCCAGUACGAGAAACAGAACACCAUCAACUACACACUGCGGGUCUACACUGGAUGCAAAUUCACCUUCUCCAAGAUCCCAAAUCCCUUCACUAACACAAAAAGGAUCAAUGGUCAGUGGAAGGGGCUCAGUGCCGGUGGCUGUGGAAACUACAAAGACUCGUACAAAAACAACCCAAUCUAUCAGAUUAACCUGGAACGGUCCGGACCGCUGCUCAUCGAACUCCGAGGAUCCAGGCAGUACAGUGUUGGGUUUGAGAUGGUGACAGUGUCGACAGUGGGUGAUCCAGGCUCAGCUGCCUUCCACAAGAAAACCAGUGGCGAUUACAGAUGUGGUUUCUGCUACAUGGAGGUGGAUCACGUCCCAGCAGGCAUCUAUAACGUCACCCCCACCACUUUCCUGCCUAAACAGGAAGGACCCUUCUUUUUGGACUUCAGCAGUACUUCAACCCUGAAGGUCUCCCAGCUCCAAUGAAGAUGGAGCUGGGAUUGGGAGGAAGGUACUUGGUGGCAUUGUGGAAUAUAUUUCUGAAACUGCAUUUUGGAAGUGCCAAGGCCUCCACAAAGCCCAGAAUGUGACUGCUGCUAGCAUUUUCUCUUCUUUCACUGAGACUUUUGCUGAUGUGGACUUGAAUUUCAAAACUGACUCAAGGAUACCACAAAGCUGUUCUGGAGAUAUAAUCAAAGAGGCACUUUGAUAUGGACUAAAACACAUAACCAUCAAGGCAUCUUGGGACAAAAACAAAAAAACAUCUCUGCCAAAUUAGAAAACAGCCCAUUACAAGCCUCACAAAGUAAUGGUGUUAAGAGCAGU